UUUACUCUGACCACGCCCAUACAACAGACCCGCCCCUAAACAAUGGCUACCGACUUGGAACUGUUGCAAAAACUAGAACCAAAUGACUCCAGAAAGUUCGUCCAUGCUGCCAUUAACGGUCUUUGUGAAAAGGACGGACUCCAUUAUGAAGAGUACAGCAACUCUCUCUCACUCUCAGAAUACAGCAAACUAAAGCAAUCCUUGAUAAGCACCAUAAGACAAACAGCAAGACAAGGAACCGAUAAAAAAGACUUUUUAGAUUCGCUAGUUAAACUCGGAGCUCCUCAAGAUGUGGGCGGGGUCAUAGCCGAGAGCUUGUGGGUCAGACGGGACGAGAUACGUGCCCAAUUCAUACGAGACUCCGCCUCUUUUUCUCAUUCGUCGCUAGGUGACUAUGACAUUAGAACGAAAUUGGUACUUUCCAGUGAUAAACUUGGUUCCAUUCAAGAGCCACUCCUCUCGUUGGAUCUCAGACUACACGAGGGAGGGAAGGAGAGAGUAGAGAGCCUGGAGCUAUCAAAAGACGAACUGGAUAAACUCGUUACGUCACUAGAAGCAGCUAACAAAGUUGUUCUUCAAUUACGUACCUAGUAUUAUUAUAAUUAUUAAGAAGUAGCAUAAACUAUAGAAUGUCUGUGUGUGUGUAUAUGUAUAUGUACAUGUGUUAAUCGCUAUUUUGUGUAAAAUUUUGCUAACUACUAAAAUUUUAAAGCAA